GCAAGAGGCAUUUUCUUGAUGAUCCUUCGGAGUGGGGUAGCAGUGUGUGUGGAAUAUGCAGGGGUGUAGUCCGGUUGUGGUGCAAGGGGAAGCCCUGUGGGUGCAGCAGUUUAGACACGGCCACCGUUGACACACCCGUGGAAUGGCACCUAACGCCCGCAAAUUACACCAGCCAACGGCGUGACUCCAAUCACCAACACGGGAGAGUUUCGGCCUCAGCAGAGUGCGCGGACCAAUCGCGCAGCCGGAGCAGGGCACGGGCACAAGCGCAGGAGCAGGUAGGCGGGUCUGCGCCGCCGCAGAAAGAGCCGGGCGGGUUCUGUCGGGCACCGUUUCGUUUCCGGCCUGAAGCAGCGGGAUGCUGGCGGUCUGGUUCCUGCUCCCCUCACCGCGGUGGGUAAGGUCGACUCCGCUGCGCCGGCCUGAGGCCGCCAGCCGUCCUGCCGUUCCGCCGCCGUCAUGCUGCUGCCCGUGUUCACUCUGAAACUGCGCCACAAAAUCAUCCCCCGCAUGGUCGCCAUAGGGCGCUACGAUGGGACUCACCCGUGCCUCGCGGCCGCCACCCAAGCGGGCAAGGUUUUUAUUCAUAAUCCUCAUACACGGAACCAGCAUUUCAGUGCAUCGAGGGUUGUCCAGAGCGCCCUGGAAUCUGAUGUUUCGCUUCUCAACAUUAACCAGGCAGUCAGCUGCCUGACUGCAGGGGUAUUGAACCCAGAACUUGGCUAUGAUGCGCUUUUAGUGGGGACACAGACUAAUCUUUUGGCUUAUGAUGUCUACAAUAAUUCAGAUUUGUUCUACAGAGAGGUAGCAGAUGGGGCCAAUGCAAUUGUGCUGGGGACAUUGGGAGACAUUUCCUCUCCUCUUGCAAUUAUUGGUGGAAAUUGUGCUCUGCAGGGUUUUGAUCAUGAAGGAAAUGACCUUUUUUGGACGGUUACUGGAGAUAAUGUUCAUUCCUUGGCUUUGUCUGACUUUGAUGGUGAUGGGAAGAAAGAGCUUCUUGUUGGAUCUGAGGAUUUUGAUAUCCGAGUGUUUAAAGAGGAUGAGAUUGUGGCAGAAAUGACAGAAACAGAUAUAAUCACCUCUCUUUGCCCUAUGUAUGGCAGUCGAUUUGGUUAUGCCCUUUCCAAUGGCACAGUUGGAGUUUAUGACAAGACAGCCCGAUAUUGGAGAAUUAAAUCCAAAAAUCAUGCCAUGAGCAUUCAUGCUUUUGAUCUUAAUUCUGAUGGAGUGUGUGAACUGAUAACUGGUUGGUCUAAUGGAAAGGUCGAUGCUCGAAGUGACCGAACUGGGGAGGUCAUCUUUAAAGACAACUUUUCUUCUGCAAUUGCUGGUGUGGUGGAGGGAGAUUACCGGAUGGAUGGUCAUAUACAGUUAAUCUGCUGCUCAGUGGAUGGGGAAAUCAGGGGCUACCUGCCAGGCACAGCUGAGACAAGAGGGAACCUCAUGGACACCAGCGUAGAGCAGGACCUGAUCCGAGAGCUGAGUCAGAAAAAACAGAAUCUCUUGCUAGAACUCCGUAAUUAUGAGGAGAACACCAAGAUGGAAGUGAGCAGCCCACUGAAUGAGGCUGAUGGGCAUCGGGGCAUCAUCCCAGCCAACACCAAGCUCCACACUGCCCUGUCAGUCAACCUGGGGAAUGAAGCUCAGGCUGCUCAUGCGGAAUUGUGCAUUUCCACUUCUAAUGACACCAUCAUCCGAGCAGUAUUGAUUUUUGCAGAGGGGAUUUUUCUAGGUGAAAGCCACGUGGUACAUCCCAGCAUUCACAACCUUUCCAGCUCCAUCCACAUUCCAAUAACACCUCCCAAAGAUGUCCCUGUGGAUCUGCACUUGAAAACCUUCGUGGGUUACAGAAGCAGCACCCAGUUUCAUGUAUUUGAAUUGACAAGACAGCUGCCCCGAUUCUCCAUGUAUGCGCUGACUAGCCCAGACCCUGCCAGCGAGCCACUUAGUUAUGUCAACUUCACCAUUGCAGAGCGGGCACAGAGGGUUGUUAUGUGGCUCAACCAGAACUUCCUGUUACCAGAAGACACUAAUAUUCAGAAUGCUCCAUUUCAAGUGUGUUUCACAUCCUUACGGAAUGGUGGCCAGCUGUACAUAAAAAUAAAACUCAGUGGGGAGAUCACUGUAAAUACUGAUGAUAUCGAUUUGGCUGGUGAUAUCAUCCAGUCAAUGGCAUCAUUUUUUGCUAUUGAAGACCUUCAGGUAGAAGCGGAUUUCCCUGUUUACUUUGAGGAAUUACGAAAGGUGCUAGUUAAGGUGGAUGAAUAUCACUCAGUGCAUCAGAAGCUCAGUGCUGACAUGGCUGAUAAUUCUAAUCUGAUCCGAAGUUUGCUGGUCCGAGCUGAGGAUGCUCGUCUGAUGAGGGACAUGAAAACCAUGAAGAAUCGCUACAUGGAACUCUAUGACCUUAAUAAAGACUUGCUAAAUGGAUAUAAAAUUCGCUGUAACAAUCACACGGAGCUGUUGGGAAACCUUAAAGCAGUAAAUCAGGCAAUCCAAAGAGCAGGUCGUCUGAGGGUUGGAAAACCAAAGAACCUGGUGAUUACUGCUUGUCGGGACACAAUUCGAAACAACAAUAUCAACACGCUGUUCAGAAUCAUGCGGGUAGGGACAGCCUCCUCAUAGGAAAGGAAAGAAUGGGUAAUGAGGUUCCUAGAAAUAGUGUUUUUCCCUUAAAAUCUAAGCUGGUUUGCUUUGGAUCACAUCCUGGUGAACCCAAUGUGCUCAGAAUGAAAACAGCCUUGGAGAGCAUACAAGUGAAGGACAAAGCACAGCUUCUGAAGAGUGUGUUCACUUCCUACUGUAAAAUCAAUAGUGCUAUUGCUGAAUAAUUCUCACUUUGUGUAGAGAAGGGUGAAUACUUUGAAAUGUUAGGGCUUCAAAGUCUAAUUUUUCUGUAUGUAUGUAAAAGUGUAAAGGUAUAUCUUUUUUUCUUGAAAUUGUAAUUGAAUUUGUAAUUUUAAAAAUAGAAUAUCCACUUUUUCAUUAAAAUUUAGAAGUGUU